UACAAAUCGAGCGUGUCAUCGUCGUCUACAUAACUUGCUCUUGCGUUUCGUGUAAAUAAUACCAUAAGUUAAGUAAUAAGUGCUGCUUGCUGCUUCGGCGAUAACGUGCUUUACUGCUCUCCUCAGCAGCAGUAGCAAGCCAUCCUCCCUUCGGUUGCACUAAUUUUGCAACGCUAUAACAAAUACACAGGAGGCAACGAUAAGCGGUAAACAGCAGCUUAAUGAGAGAUGAGCGGUCAAAAGUUCCAAUAUGACGAGAGCGGAGGCACUUUUUUCUACUUUCUGCUCUCUUUCUUGGCACUCUUACUCGUACCCGGUACCUUCUACCUUUGGCCACGUAGUCCCAAGCCAGAUCCCGAAAAGGUGACGAAAGGGUGUAACUGCGAUGGAUGCAAAAAGAAAACUAUUAUACUCCAAAGGAGUGAUCCUUGGAAAGAAACCAAAUCUUUUAUUUGGAAAAUCACUAUUAUUGGUGGGUGGUUGUUGUUUGCUCUAAUCACAUAUAAAGUCUCUCAGUUCGAUUAUGAGAUGGCUAAUUUUGAUCCAUAUGAAAUAUUGGGCGUUACUCCGGGUUCUUCUGCUGUUGCAAUUAAAAAAGCCUACAGACAGCUAUCUUUGAUUCUUCAUCCUGAUAAAGAGACUGGAAGCGAGAAAGAAUUUAUGAGAUUAACCAAAGCUUACCAAGCUUUAACGGAUAAAGAAGCAAUGCAAAACUGGGAAAAGUAUGGUAAUCCAGAUGGUCCAGGUGCUAUGGGUUUUGGCAUAGCAUUACCAUCAUGGAUCGUUGAAAAAGAAAAUUCUAUGUGGGUCUUAGGUGCCUAUGCAGCUGUAUUUAUGUUGGCUUUGCCAAUCGCAGUUGGAACAUGGUGGUAUAGAAGUAUAAGAUAUACUGGAGAUCAGGUCCUAUUAGCUACAACCAGAUUGUACUAUGCCUUCUUCCAUACAACUACCAUGACCCUCAAAAGAAUCAUCAUGAUUCUAGGAGCCUCCCAUGAGUUUGAUAAAAGACAUAAUGCAGAUAUUGUUGAAAGGGUAUCUGACAAUAUCGAAUUACCUGCGCUUAUAAAGCAACUACCAAAUUUAAGUGAGAAAAAUAAGGAGUUUCCACUGUGCGCGGCGUAUUCCGUCAGAGCAAGAGCCAUAAUUCAUGCUCAUUUGUCCCGUAUUCCGCUUAAUCCAGAGACGUUGGAGAAAGAUAGACAAUACAUUAUUAAGAAAUGUCCCUACCUUAUCUUAGAAAUGAUUUCUUGUUUAAAUCAUUUGAUUGUUCUAGCUUACGCAAAACAAGUACAACACUUGCCACCCAUCACUACAAUAGAAAAAUGUAUGAAACUGUCACCUAUGAUUGUGCAGGCUUUUUGGGAAUUCAAAAACCCUUUAUUGCAGCUACCUCACAUUACUGAGGAUCAUCUCAAGUAUUUUAAAGCUAAAAAAGUGAAAGCGAAAACUCUUCAAGAAUUCGCGCAGCUAAAAGGAGAAGAGCGGCGGUCGAUCUUGAGGGGUUUAUCAGACAGUGAAUUCGAAGAUGUGAUGAAAGUUUUGGGAAAUAUGCCUUUUGUAGAUUUCAAAGUGAGAUCGGAAGUUAUUGACGAUGAAAAUUCAAACGUAUAUACGGCAGGUGCUCUUGUCACUGUGACAGUGACCUUGACGCGCAAAAAUAUGUCGCAUUUGUUUGGCGAUGACUCGGUAAAAGAGAAGACAAUCAUCGAAGACGGUGAGAAAGACGCCGAGAAGGAAGAGGCAGACGAACGCAACCAGCCAGUUGCCAAGAGGCCUGCCUGGAUGAAGCAGCGAAAAGCUGCACCAAAAAAAUCGCACAGCAAGAAGGGUCCAGGUAAAAAAGUGGCCCCUCCACCUAAACCGACCAACUCAGCACCCAAUGCCAAAGAAAACGGCCUAUCAGCAUCUAGUCAAUUGCAGCAGAGCAGUUCGACGAGCAAGCCUAAGAAGGAGAAAAGGGAGGACAAAGGCUCGGACGAGAGCGACAGCGAGUCGAACAAGAGCUACAGCAGUGACGACGAGGACAGCUCGACGGAGAAAAGAUCGUCCCAGCAGCAGGAGUCUGAAGGUGCUAACGAGGACGACGACAACGAGUGGAACAAGUUCCAACAACGGCUGUCGAAGCGCGACAGGCUGCUCGAGGGCCGCACCAACACCUCCCAUAUGGUGCACUGUCCCUACUUCCCGGAGGAAAAAUAUGAGUACUGGUGGGUGUAUAUCUGUGAUCGCAAGAGCCAUACUUUGCUUACCCCGAUGGUACACGUGACUUCGCUCGUUGAUACCGAGGAGUUCCAAUUGCGCUUUACUGCCCCUAUCUGGCCCAACCUCUACACAUUCACAGUUUGUCUGAGGAGUGAUUCUUAUUUGGGCUUUGACCAGAUGCAUGAUAUUAAGUUGGAUGUGAAAGAAGCCGCAGUCGUGCCGACAGAUCAUCCUCAAUGGGAAAUGUCCGACGAAGAGGAGGUCGAGGAUGUCGACGCUGUCGACGAACAUUCCGAAUUUACGACUGACGAGGACAUAAGUGAUAACGAAUAAACGAGUGCUCGUGUCCCUCAUACCUACUAUUAAACUAGAUUCAUGAAUUCAAAGCACAUCGAAAAGACGCGCGUGCUGGCCUGCGAUCGCUUCUAAGCGUAGGAUUAUCAGAUUAUUUAUACUUGAAACUCGUACGAGUUAUAAUAUGACACCAACUUCGCGCUGAUCUAUUCGUAAGACUUGAAAAACUUAAAAGAUGUACAAGAUGUUUCUAUGAGGGUGCGGGACAGCUCUGAAUAUUAAAUGGGACAGCUUGAGGUAGCUCAUACUAUGGUCGAUGUUUGUUUCUUUGAUACUCAAACUAUUAUAAAUACUCUUAUUUAGUGUAAAAAAUGAUUAUUUGUACACCGUUUUUUUGUUUCCAUUAUUUAUUUUUAAAAAAAGUUGGUGCAACAUGAAAUAUUGGAAGUACCGAUUUUCACCCAUAGAUCUUAUGAAAAUGUUUCUUAUAACUUACAUAUACUUUUUAACAAUCAUUUUCUCGUUAUUUUUAUACGAUUCUGAAUAUUUUGAUUUAGGUAUGAGCCACCUUAGCUGAAGAUAAGGAAGGACGCAUUGAAAAUUUUUUUUGAAAUAAAGCUGCCGGUAGUGGAGUAGGUAUUUUUAUUUAAAUAAUUUUUCAUUUUAUAUGUGUGUAUAAAAGAUUAUAAGAUAUGGUGUGUGCAUUUAUAAAAUAAAAUGAGGCAACCUGUGUGAACUUUUUAGCUGGGAUGUAACUAAUGUGUAUGAUGAAUCAUAAGAAAAAACAAAAUAUAUUUAUUUUAAACAUUGUUAAUCGAUUUAUUGAA